CAUAUUUACACGCUACCUAUAUUAUCCUUAGCAUUGCAAGGUCAUCUUCCUGUGAAAAUACCCCGGUAACUGGGACCAAUACACUGGUAUCCUGAUAUAAACAGCUUGGCCUGCCCUCACAAGUGGCGCAGUUAUUCACGGUUGCUGACAUGUCCAAUCCAGCAGCGCUCAAAGCUGCCGCGCUCGCAGCGGCAAAGCUCAACGAGCGCUUAGCGGCAAAAGGACUUACUAAUGUCAAACCACACUCUAAUGUGAAACUUCCUGCAUCUGUGCAAGCAAGCUCAGCCUCCUCAUCGCUUAUGCGUGAUAUAGAGGUGAACAACGUACCUGCUAUGAUACGCUUAGAAGUUACACGCCAAGCGUUCCAUAACCAAUUGCAGAGCGAGUUUGGAGUCAGUGUGUGUACUAAAGGAAGGUAUUGCGAACCCGGUACAUCCUUGCCUGAUAAUGAAAGACCCUUAUAUCUCUCUCUGUGGGCCACCGAACCAGAGUCGCUGACAAAAGCUGUGGCAAAAUUAAUGGGACACACACAACUACUUCCGGUGGAAGCACUGCUUUCCCAACACCUGUGA